AUGUCUUUCGUGCAACAGCUGGCCAGCCAGACUCGGCUGACGCAAGAAGCAUGGGUCCAGGAACAGGUGAACCUGUUCAAGGAGAAGUGCUGGGAGACGAGCUGGCGCUCUAGGGCGAGUUGCGAAAUGGACUGCCGUGCGAUCCAGCCUCGGUGCCGAAAGUUGUUGGCGCAGGAGCUGCGGGCGCAGCUGGUACCGCUCGGCUUCAGCUCCCUGCAGGUUUUCCCGACCUUCAACUGCAUCAAGAUCAAGGCCUCCUGGGACGAAGUUGAGGAGGCUGAAGCGGCAGAAGCACCGAAAGUGCCAAAAGACAGCGCGCGGGGCUGUUGCGGCAUCUGCCUGGAGCAAGCUGCGCUCUCUGCGCUGGCGCCCUGUGGGCAUACUAUUUGCCAAGGCUGUCUCAAGAACGAGCUGCGCAAGUGCCCGUUUUGUCGGCAGCCCGUGGAGGCAGCGACCAAUGGCCUUUUUAUCGGUUGA